AGUUUCUUCGUCUGCAACUACGCAGAUCAGAUACUCUGAUAGUGUUACAUACUUUAUAUAUAUAAUUAUAUGUAAAUAGAAUGCAUACAGAUGCAUCUUAUAAAAGAAAGUGUUUUCAGUUUGUUUAUUUUCUUACUGCAACAUGCAUUGGCUGAUAGAACUAUUGGAGCGGUAUUCGAUGAUGGUAGUUUUUUAUAUGAGGCUGCUUUCAACGUAGCUAUAGAAGCGGCGUCAGAAAAUCAGGAGAAUCCAUUCAUAUCAAAUGUCAUAAGAAUUUCACCUGAUGAUGUUGUUGAAGCAGAAACUGCAGUAUGUUCACUUCUAGAGAGCAACGUGUUUGGUGUGUUUGGACCUAUUCAUAGAACUUCAUUACAACAUAUACAGUCUAUAGCCGAUUACUUGGAGUUGCCGCAAAUUAUUACAGAGUUCAUAGAGGCACAAAAUCGGAACUGGUCUGCCAUAAAUUUAUACCCAAAUCACAUAGCAUAUUCUCAGGUUUUUGCUGAUAUUAUCAAAAUGAAAGGUUGGACAGAUUUUACUAUAAUUUACGAAGGUGCUGAACUUUUACCGUUUUUGAACAACAUUUUAACUAUGCAGAAUUUAGUAACGGAUGAAAAUAUCCUAAUGACAGUAGUACAAUUACCGGAAGGCGACGAUUACAGAAGCCAAUUAAAGAACAUAAAAAUGUCUGGUUCAGUUAACUACUUAGUAAUCAGUGGACAAGAAAAUCUAUCUGAAAUCCUUUUACAAGCUCAGCAAGUUGGAAUUAUGUCGGACAAACAUAGCUACGUAAUAAUGAAUCCUGAUUUCCAUUCAAUUGAUAUUGAAUUAUUCAAACACGGAGGCUCUAACAUUACAGGUGUGAGAUUUUUUGAUCAAAGUUCAGAAAACAUUCAGAAUUUUAUAAAAUCGCUAAAUGAACAAGUUAUAGAUUUAUCGGAGGGUAAAAUUCAAAAUGCUGUUCCGGAAUCAGCACUUAGUUUUAACUUAGCAUUAGUAUACGAUGCAGUGUCUUUAUAUACUACUGCUUUGAAAACUAUGGGACUUGAGGAAGGUGCAAACAUUACAUGCGAAGAUCAGGAGACGUGGAAUUUUGGAUCAAGUAUUAUAAAUUUCGUGAGAACUAUGGAAAUCGAUGGAAUGACAGGUGUUAUAAAAUUUGACGAAGAUGGUUUACGAUCUGACUUUGAAGUUGAUGUCCUCGAAGUUAUGUCUCAUGGGUUCGAAAAGGUAGGUACUUGGAAUGCUGAAGAUGGAUAUGAAGAUACGAGGACUGUUAUACCACCUGUUGAAGAGGAAGGAAGCGAUUCAAUGAAAGGCAAACAUUUCAUUAUACUUACAGCCUUGAGUGCACCGUAUGGAAUGCUCAGAGAAUCAUCAAAUAAGCUGGAAGGAAAUAAUCGCUACGAAGGUUUUGGAAUAGAAGUCAUAGAGGAGUUAGCUAAAAUGAACGAAUUCAAUUACACUUUUGACAUCCAAGCUGAUGGUGUAUAUGGAUCAUAUGACAGCAAAACGAAAAAAUGGACUGGCAUGAUGGAAAAAAUUAUGGACGGUAGAGCUGACUUCGCUAUCACAGACCUAACGAUAACUGCCGCGAGGCAAAAAGUAGUAGAUUUUACAAGCCCAUUUAUGAAUCUUGGUAUUACAAUUUUGUAUAAAAAGCCAACUAAACAACCACCAGAUCUUUUUUCGUUUAUUUCUCCUUUUUCUCUAGAGGUUUGGGGUUGGUUGGCUGGAGCUUAUGUUGGAGUGUCCGUCCUUUUAUUCAUUUUAGGAAGAUUUGCUCCGGAAGAAUGGCAAAAUCCUUACCCUUGUAUAGAAGAACCAGAAACAUUAGACAAUCAAUUUACAUUAGCUAAUGCUUUCUGGUUUACAUUAGGCAGUGUACUCACACAGGGAUCUGAAAUUGCUCCCAUCGCAGUAUCUACAAGAAUGGCGGGAAGUAUGUGGUGGUUCUUUACACUAAUCAUGGUGUCAUCAUAUACUGCUAAUUUAGCAGCAUUUUUGACGGUCGAAUCUAAAUUCUACGCUAUAAAAUCUGUAUCAGAUUUAGCGAGCAAUCCUUAUGGCAUUACAUACGGAGCAAAAAAGGGUGGUGCUACUUUCAGUUUUUUCAAAGAAUCAGAUAAUUUGCUGUAUCAAAAAAUGUAUCACUAUAUGGAUGAACAUCCUGAACUUAUGACAUCAACAAACGAUGAAGGACUAUUAAGGGUAAAAUCUGAGAAAGAGAAUUAUGCGUUUUUGAUGGAAUCAACUUCGAUUGAAUACAUGGUCGAAAGAAAUUGUGAUGUAGCGCAAGUUGGAGGCUUGCUAGAUAACAAGGGAUACGGCAUCGCUAUGAAAAAAAAUUCACCUUACAGACAACCAAUGAGUGAAUCGAUUUUACAAUUACAAGAAGAAGGCAAGUUGGCAAGGAUGAAAGAUAAGUGGUGGAAGGAGAAAAGAGGUGGUGGCGCCUGUGCGGAUGACGAUGCAAGCAGUGGUGAUGCCCAGCCGCUGGUGUUAGCUAAUGUCGGUGGUGUGUUCAUUGUACUAGUCGCGGGAUCUGCUUUAGCGGUUGUUUGCGCUUUUAUUGAAAUGAUAUUUGAUGUCUGGAUGAUAUCACAUACUCAUAAGGUUCCAUUCAGAGAGGAACUUAUUGCUGAAUUGAAAUUCAUAUUGAGCUUCAGUGGGGAUACUAAGCCGGUGCGACAUCGGGAGUCGACGGGAUCUAAGAGUUCUAAAAAGGAUGAUGAUGAUAAAAGUGGUGAUGUGGAAUUUACCGGAGAAGAUAUCAGACCUGACCAUGCACCAACCCCGCGUUCUGAAAGAUCUUCACAUUCGAAUCAUAAUGCUCACAGCAGACGUCAAAGUAACGCUAUACAAAUAGCAAGAAUGAGAAAGUUUACUUAGCAAAUUGAAAAUUAUAAAUAAUUAGUAAUGAAUUCUAGCACCACCUAUUUUGCUUUAUACAUGACACCAAAUUGGUCUGUAUAAGAUCGCCUAUUAUGACAGGAAGUCACAAUUAUUUA